GAGCCUCACUGAGCUGCUAAAGAGGCAGAACGUUCUCCGCUGCCCUGAGAUCGCAAGUGCCAGGUGCGUGCGACAUUUCGCUAUGGGAAACAACGGGUACAACAUGGUGGUCACUGUGCUGCUGGUGGUGGGCAUUGAGAAGGUGAGAGCCGCGCAGAACCCCUGUGACACCUGUGAGCCUGGUACUUACUGCAAUAAAUACAGCCGGGUCUGCAAGAGCUGCCCUCCAAGCACCUACUCCAGCGGAGGCGGACGGCCGAACUGUGACAUCUGCAGAGUGUGUGAAGGCUAUUUCAAGUUCAAGAAGUCUUGCUCCUCUACCCACAAUGCGGAAUGUGAAUGCACGGAGGGAUUCCACUGCUUGGGGCCAACGUGUUCCAGGUGUGAAAGGGACUGCAGGCCCGGCCAGGAGCUAACGGAGCAGGGUUGCAAAAACUGUGGCUUGGGAACAUUUAAUGACCAGAAUGGUGCUGGCAUCUGUCGACCCUGGACGAACUGCUCUCUAGACGGACGGUCUGUGCUCAUGAACGGGACCAAGGAGAAAGAUGUGGUCUGCGGACCCCCUGUGGUCAGCUUCUCUCCAGGCACCGCCACUACUGCAGCAGGAGAACCAGGAGGGCGCAUCUUGCAGGUCCUUACCUUGUUCCUGGCGCUGACAUCGGCCUUGUUGCUGGUCCUGAUCUUCAUCAUUGUCCGGUUCUCUGUGCCCAAAUGGAUCAGAAAGAAAUUCCCCCACAUAUUCAAGCAACCAUUUAAGAAGGCCAUUGGAGCAGCCCAAGAGGAAGAUGCUUGUAGCUGCCGAUUUCCGGAGGAAGAAGAAGGAGGAGCAGGAGGCUACGAGCUGUGAUGUACCGCCCUAGGAGAUGUGCCCACCCUCAGGAAACCAAGAAGCACUAGGACCCCAACCAUCCUGUGGAGCGGCACAAGCACUGCCACCACCCUGUUCUUAAACACCGUCCUAGAUGAUGAGUGACACUCACCCCAUCCAAGUCUCUUCUACUGCCAAUAUAUUUGUAUUUAUCAUUUUUAAAUCCUUUUAUUUUACAUUUUAAAUUUUACAUGUGCAA